UCAGGGGGGUGAAGAGGGGGAGGGCGGUGGCCUGGUGGCUGGUGCGGUCCUCCCUCCUGUGUCUCCCCGAAGCUGCCCCGCGAGCCCUCCCGGGGACUGAUGGGCUGGACCUGCCGGGGAGGCGACGGCUGCCGCGUGGACCGGGCUGAAAUCCUCGGGGGCUGCCCCGCAAGGGUAGCUCCGCGCCCCCAAGCUUUCCCCUGCUAGCCCGGGGGCGCACGGUGAAGGCACGAAGGUGUGCUAAUGCUGAUCACGGGCCCUCACAGUUGGGAGAGUCUGGGCCUUUCAUAGUUUCUCUGCAGAGAGCCAGACAAGGAGAGGACAUGCUUCUGCCAACUUUGCCUUCGCCCAGCACAUAAUCAGUCACAGAAGUUUGGGCUUCUUUGAGAACACCCACCCAGUGCUCCCAGACAAGGGAGAGAGGAGCUCGAGCGGGCUUCCCAAACACGCCUCUGUUCAAGGGGCCCAAAGCCUGUAGAGGAUUGUGGGACUUCUCUACCAGCUUCUUGAAGGUUGAAGAGUCUAUCAUCCUGGUUUGAGGGGCACAAUCUCUCCUCUUAAUGAAAGAAGGCAUUGAGAAUGGAUUACUGCAGCCAGACCACUCUAGUCCCAUGUGGACAAGAUAAAUACAUUUCCAAAAAUGAACUUCUGGUACAUCUGAAGACCUACAAUUUAUAUUACGAGGGUCAGAAUUUGCAGCUACGGCACCGUGAGGCUUAUCUUCCAUUAAAAUCCUACUUCAAUGCCUCAUCAUGGUGUGGAGGUGACCCUGGUUCGUGGAGGAUGUGCCAGUUGAAAGUUGAUUUUUGGCAGCUGCUGCCAAGCUGGAAAGGCUUUGAGGAAGAAGAUGAGUUCAUUGUGGAGGGAUUAUUGAACAUCUUCUGGGGCCUGCGCCGGCCUAUCCGUUUGCAGAUGCAAGAUGACAAUGAACGGAUUAGGCCCCCUCCCUCCUCUUCCUCUUGGCACUCUGGCUGCAACCUGGGAGCCCAUGGGUCCAUGAUGAAGCCCGUUGCCAUCCCAGAUAUUCAGAUUACAGACACGGAUGCAGCCCCUGGAAGUGACAGGAGGCUUAGCCCAACAGGUACCAGAGACCUGAAGGCCCUACAAGAAGACACACCUCAGCUGAUGAGGACACACAGUGACGUUGGGGUUCGGCGCCGUGGCAACGUGCGCACCCCUAGUGACCAGCGGCGCAUCAAGCGGCACCGUUUCUCCAUCAAUGGCCACUUCUACAACCAUAAGACCUCUGUGUUCACCCCAGCCUACGGCUCCAUCACCAAUGUCAGGAUUAACAGCACCAUGACAACGCCUCAGGUCCUCAAGCUCCUACUCAAUAAAUUUAAGAUUGAAAAUUCUGCAGAGGAAUUUGCUUUGUACAUCGUUCAUACCAGUGGAGAGAAACAGAAGCUAAAGGUCACAGAUUACCCCCUGAUUGCCAGAAUCCUCCAAGGCCCAUGUGAACAGGUGUCUAAAGUCUUCCUUAUGGAAAAGGACCAAGUGGAAGAGGUCACCUAUGAUGUGGCCCAGUACAUAAAAUUCGAAAUGCCAGUCCUGAAGAGCUUCAUUCAGAAACUCAAAGAGGAAGAGGACCGGGAAGUAAAGAAACUAAUGCGCAAAUAUACGGUGCUCAGACUAAUGAUUGAACAGAGAUUAGAGGAGAUAGCAGAAAGCCCGGCUACCAUCUAAACCGGGGGUGGGAAACCGCAUGUGGCCUGGAGGCCCUUCUGGAAACAGAUGAGUCUUAAGCCUUUGUUUACAUGAAGAAAUACUGAGAUGGAGAAGGAUGGGGGCUUCCUGAAGGGCCUUGAAAAACCCUUCCCUCAACCUGGAACUUUCUGAAUACAAAACCCCUGACAGUCUCCCUCCUUUUCUUGGACCAGAAGCAGAUGCACCAGCAGACAGCUCUUGGACACUCCCAAUCAGCUCUUUUCCCUCUCUGGGAGAGGACCUUGAUUUGUGGUGUCUAGAGAACCUGACCUUGUGAAUGUUUGUGUGUAUAUGUGUGUAUGUGCAUUUGUGUGAGAGGGCACUUACACGUAUGUUUGGGGUAGGUGGAAGAGGGAAGAAGAGAGAUGUAUGUAUGUGUUUUGGGAGUGGGUGGGAGUGGGGAAUGGUCUUUUUUAAUAUUCAGAGUAUUUUCACAUGCAGUUUAAAAAUUCCAAACAACCAGCAACUGGGCUAUGAAUCUGGUAGAAAUGAUGGCUUCAGACCUGGAUCAUGUGUUCUGAUAGAUUUAGGCUGACGUAAGGGCCAGGGUUCCAGGAUUAGUUAGGGCUCUUGAUUAGACGAGAGGCUAGUUUCUCAGAGAUCCUGGUUCCUGUGACUCUCAUUCGAAAUGAUGCCACCAUUUGGGGAAUUAUUACAUAUUAGCAUUUAAAGAUGAUUUGUUCUCUUUAUUUCACUGAGGGUGAAACUGAGGCACAAAGAACAGAAGGAAGUGUUGAAGGCCACACAGGUAGCUGUGUGUCAGGAUUCAAAUCCAGGUCUAAUGGUUCAGAACUCUUUCCAUGACAUCACACUUACCUCUUUAAUAUGGGAGUAGUCAAGGUCAGGAUCUCCAGUUAGAUCUGACAGAUGUGCAAAAAUUGGCUGAGGGACAAAUCCUUGCCGGAUUUCUUUAAAAAAAUGUUUUUAAAUUUAAAUUUUUUUCAAUUAAAAAUAUAUUUCCUAUCUUUCCUACUCCC